AUGGGUGACGAAGGCGGCGGCGGUGGUGGGAAAAGCAAGGACUUUAAGGGCUUCAUGAUGGACUUCAUGAUGGGCGGCGUAUCGGCGGCCAUUGCCAAGACAGCGGUGGCGCCCAUUGAGCGCGUGAAGCUGAUUCUCCAGGUGCAGGAGGUGUCCAAGCAGAUAGCGCAGGAUCAGCGCUACAAGGGCAUCAUAGACUGCUUCAUUCGCAUACCCAAGGAGCAGGGAUUCUCGUCGCUCUGGCGCGGCAACUUGGCCAAUGUGAUACGUUACUUUCCCACUCAGGCCCUUAACUUUGCCUUCAAAGAUGUGUACAAAACGGUCUUCCUCGGUGGCGUGGACAAGCACAAGCAGUUCUGGCGUCAUUUCAUGGGCAAUUUAGCUUCUGGCGGUGCGGCGGGUGCCACCUCGUUGUGCUUCGUUUAUCCACUGGAUUUUGCCCGAACACGUCUGGCCGCUGACGUGGGCAAGGGCGGUAGCCGUGAGUUCAACGGCCUCAUUGAUUGUCUGGUGAAGGUAGUAAAGACGGAUGGUCCCAUCGGACUGUAUCGCGGCUUCAUUGUGUCCGUGCAGGGCAUCGUCAUCUAUCGAGCGUCGUACUUUGGCUUCUAUGACACGUGCCGCGACUUCUUGCCCAAUCCGAAGAGCACGCCCUUCUAUGUGAGCUGGGCCAUUGCCCAGGUGGUCACCACUGUCGCCGGCAUUGCCUCCUAUCCCUUCGACACGGUCCGGCGUCGCAUGAUGAUGCAGUCUGGCCUGAAAAAGUCCGAGAUGGUGUAUAAGAACACGGCCCACUGCUGGCUGAUGAUUGCCAAGCAGGAGGGCAUGGCCGCCUUCUUCAAAGGCGCCCUGUCGAACGUCAUUCGCGGCACAGGCGGGGCCCUGGUGCUAGCCAUUUACGACGAGUUCAAGAAGUACUUUUAGACGCAACCAGCAGACGUUUAUCUCGAAUCAAGAAAUAGCCACACAGUGGCAUAAUAUCAUCCUCCCGGCAGUAGAGAGGAUGCCUUACAGGGACUCGCCCAACAGCGGCUGUCUCCAGCACAACCCACAACCAUUCCAAUCGAUUCCCAAAAAUCCAUUUAGAUUGUAAAUUAUAAAGAAAUAUAAGUCGACUUACGCUGAA